AUGGAUGUUGAGUAUGUACUAGAUGCCAGUGAGAAUCUGGUCAAAUUAGAAGAUGCUGAAAAGCACUUGCAUGGUGGACGUGCAAGUAAAGUUAUUGUAGUUGGUGACACAGUUGAUAUUCCUAUCAUAUUUUAUCCAAUUAAUUAUCAGAAUUAUCAGCGAGGCCGCACAAUUGUUUCAACCGGCAGCCCCGAUGCCUUGGCGUUUGCCACUUUGUUGUACCUUCUUGAAAAUGAAUUUGGAAUUAUCGAAGGACUGACUACAAUCUUGACUGGAUACAUGCCAAGACAAAAUAUUGUUGAUGGCCAUAAUAAAGAUGCAUGGCGUUUAGGACGUGCAGCUGGACAAUCCAUCAUUCCAUUCAGUCUCAAGAACGUUCUUUAUACUAUCUCGCAGGCAAUGCCUGAAGUAGCCAGGAAGAUUGGUCUAAUGGGCUGCUCAGUUCCUGUAGACUCGGGCAGUGUUAUUGAUUUUACGUGUUAUCUGGCUCGCAAGUUUGACAACACGGAUGAACUCGUUAAAGUCCUUCAGAACUGUAACAGCCUAAAGGCCCUUGAAGCUGUACACUUGAAGUGCCAACCAGGUUGGCUUCUCUCACAGUGGUGCCCUGAGGUCAUGGAUCUACCGAAAUCUGAUCUCCCUAAAAGUGAAUUCGCAAUUAAUAUCGUGUCUUCUCAUCCAUCUGAUUCACCUGAUGGGACUAAUGAAUGUCCAAAAUGUGAAAUUCCAAGUGCUGAAAAAGAACUGAACACCACGGAAGUACCACAUCUUCUCUCCGAAGCUCUAAGCAUGACACAUUCAAAAGUAGUGGAUUUCUGGCAAACAGAAGAUGAGCUUUGCGUUGGGGCUGACGUAAAGUCUGCCAACUGCACGAUUGUGUUAGACGUGCAUUCCUGCUUCUCCCUUCAGAGUGGGUCUCUUAUCAAGCUAGUUGCAUGGUAA